AUGUAUGGUGUAAUGGAACACAUUCAGUUCGGUGGAUUCGCGAGUCUAACAGAAUAUAGAGGUCUGUUAACAUCAGACUGCACUAAAGCGUACUUCCGCAUGUACGUGACACGGCGCGUGCCGCCCAGGAAUUACUUCUACGUUCACGAAACACUUGACCGCGAACAAUUGAUCGGAGAAAACACACCGAACUCAAAUAACACAGACGUAGAUUCUGACAAAAUGCAGGUAAAGUUCCGCAUAGUGGGUGGUAAGAUAGUGUCCAUUACGGAGGUGCCGUACCAAGUCCUCUACGGACGGUACUGCGGGGGCAGUCUGAUCGCGCCGCAAUGGGUCAUCACAGCAGCACAUUGUAAGGACAGAGAAACAUUCAUCUUGGCGGGGUCGACGCAGCGCAGCCGCGCGCAGAAGUACCGCAUCUGUGCACAUUUCAUCCACCCGCUGUGGAACUCGACAGCAGGUAUCAGCCAUGACUACGACUAUCAGCUGGUGCUGUUGGAGACACCAGUGCCGGUGACCCCCAGCUCGCGGCCUAUCGCUAUCGGCGGCCUUGAAGACAUCCGCCCUGGGAAUAUGCUCGCCAUCAGCGGCUGGGGACAUCUACAGUUUAAGAAAAGCCGUAUGCAAGAUUUAGUGCGUCGCGUGUACGUGCCGGUGAUGGACGACGAGGAAUGCCGCGCGCUGCCACACGGCUACUUCCAGAAUAUUACUUCGCGCAUGUUCUGCGCCGGAUACCUCGAUGGUGCCAAGGACUCCUGUCAGGGGGAUUCCGGCGGGCCCGCUGUAAUCAAUGGUAAGCUGGUUGGCAUCGUGUCGUUCGGUGUGAGCUGUGCGGCGCCGCGCCAGCCCGGCGUCUACAGCAAGGUGCCUGUUGUUCGAGACUGGAUACGCGCAGUCACAGCACUACCGCUUUGA